AUGCAAUUGAACGCUCUGCAGAUCGAGCCUGGUCGAAUGUGGAAAGGGCCAUGGAGUUGGUUCAGUGAAGAUCUCUUUGACUGCUGCGUGUCACAUCUUGUCGCUAAGGAGAAAGACAAUUGCAUGCUGGGCUUUGUAUCGAGUGCAACUGCGAGCUCAGAGAUUGUCGUGCUGGACUACAGUCGUCAAAUUUUUGCUAAAAUGCGGCGGACAGUUUUCGCCCAUCGGCGGGUUUUACGUUAG